AUGCAUGGUGCUGUAAACACCCCUAAGAAGCUGCACACUGCUACCCAGUCCUUCAAGGCUAUGAUGGGCAAGAUUGAACCUGAGGAGGUAUUUGACAGUGGAGAUGACUAUGUCCCAAGGCCAAAGCAGAAGCCGUACAUGAUUGUCUUUGUUAUCAGACAGCCAGCUAAGCGUGGACCUCCCAAGCAUCUGCAAAGGCCAAGGCCAGUGCUGCUGAAGUCUGCUGCUUCAUUGAUGAUGAAGCAAGGGAGGCCAGAGGGAUUUGAGGGCACUGAUGAUUAUCAAGACAAUAAUGAUGGAGAUAUCGUUGAGCUUUCUGAUGAAGAGGAUGAACAGCAGGAGAUAGCAGACAUGGCUACAAUUGUGUCCAGUGAUGAUGAGCCUCUUGUAUCUACCAAAGGGCAUGCCUCUACCUCAAGACUGAGAAGAUGUCACUCUAUCCUUGAGAUGUCCAGGUCAAGCCCUGACUGGGACAAUGAACUUGUGGGUUCCACUCGAGAUAGUCCCAUCAAAAGGGCAAACCUGAUGGGUCCGCCAGACACUCCGGCAACACCAUCCCCAAGCAAAGAUAAAGUGAGAGCCAAGUGGAUUGUAGCAUUGAGUGACCAAGUCCUGUUGCAGAUGAAGAAGAGUCCCAGAAAGCAUCACCAACCAAGAAGUCACGUACAACAGUGCAAACACAAGGCAAAGGCGGCAGUCCUUUCCGAUGCAGAGGAUAAUCCAUUCAUUGCUGGAACAAGCAACAAGGAGGCUGUGUUCAUUGGGGGCAAACAAAAGGACAGAGAUGAUGCUGCUGGUGUUCCUGGUGCAGUUCAUCAGCUACUAUAUUGGGCUGGGAUCUCGGGCACCUUAGCACUUGACAAGCCUUACUCGCUCAAUGUGCAUGAUAUUCACCUUGAUCCAAGUUCUAUGCCAUAA